ACAAGGCGUAGAGCUCACUUCUCAACGUUCAUUUGUUGACGAGGUUUGCCACAUGCCAAUCUUGGUGAAGUCAUCCAUUCCUGGGCCUCGAUUUUCAUCUUCUUUUUCGCCUCCCCCUGAAGUCGUGCCUGGACGUUGCGAAUUAUCGAUUGCUCGAAUUGUGCGAUUGAUCAGCAAGGGCAUGAAGAGGCAAAUUGCAAAGGGACGGUUUUAGUCAAUCGUGUCUGAUCACUGUGUUUUGGGCUUUUAAGUUUCGCGACCUGAUGAUUUUCAUGAGACCCUGGACACCGCGGGCGCCGUCACGAGGGCUUCUUCACUGCCCCUCGGCACCGACGCCGAACAUGAUGACAGUAUCCGUAUAUGGAAUGGAUGUGACUCUGGGUUUUUUACAAUUUACCUUGUACCUUCUGGAAGCUCAGCCUCGUUCGUUUAUUAGGCAAUCCCUCGGACCAUUAUCAGUAGUCAACCCUGCCUAUAUCCCGCCAAGACCCCAACACGAAGUGACUCAUUUCCAGUGCCAUGAUUUUGUCAUCAGUAGAAAAAGGAAGAAAAAUCGCGGCUGUGAAUGUCAGGGAUCAGGGACCGUUGAGACUAGCACAGCCAAAAAAGUCUCGCUUAUUAGUGCACAACUUGACGAUGAUGAUGUGAAUUUCCCCAGUUCCCAUGGCCCGGGCUUCGAUGAGGCCGCUCGCCAACAAAUCUCAUCGUCUCCAGUAAUAUUUCACGUCAGAAUUGUAAUAAUUGUGGAAAUCCAUGAGGCUGAAAAUGCAGUGUUGAAGGGCAAUGCUCGGUCCACAAUCUGGACCCAAAAUGUAAAGUGGAUGCUGUUUAGGCUGGGUAUCAAAAUUUCACAGGGCAAAGUGAGACAUGCACGAUAAUCAAGGCUGCAGGAUAUGGAGACGGCAAAGUGUAGUAUUCUGCCUCAUGAAGAGACUCCUAUGUAGAUUGUUCGGUAGAGUAAGAAGAGAAUGCCGCCCAUUGAGAGGGAGAGUAAUAGUAGAGUAAUAUGUAGUAGAAAAAUCCAUGAGAGAUGUGUAUCCAACACAAUAUCCAAGCCGUAAGUCCCAUAAUCGCAUACAUCCUAAUCCCAUAACCCAAAAAAUGAUUGCUUUUGUCGCUUUCCCA